UGGCAGGGAACUUUGCACCACCCCUGCAACGCUGCCCUGCGCUCCGCCGUCUACCUCAUGGUGCAAGCGUGGGUUCUGUGUGCAGCCGCCGCCUCGGCCGGACCCCAGAACUGCCCGUCCGUCUGCUCCUGCAGUAACCAGUUCAGCAAGGUGGUGUGCACCCGCCGCGGCCUGGCCGAGGUGCCCCAGGGCAUCCCGUCCAACACGCGCUACCUGAACCUCAUGGAGAACAACAUCCAGAUGAUCCAAGCCGACACGUUCCGGCACCUGCACCAUUUGGAGGUGCUGCAGCUGGGCAGGAACGCCAUCCGGCAGAUCGAGGUGGGGGCGUUCAACGGCCUGGCCAGCCUCAACACCUUGGAGCUGUUCGACAACUGGCUGACCGUCAUCCCCAGCGGGGCCUUCGAGUACCUGUCCAAGCUGCGGGAGCUGUGGCUGCGCAACAACCCCAUCGAGAGCAUCCCGUCCUAUGCCUUCAACCGGGUCCCGUCGCUGAUGCGUCUGGACCUGGGCGAGCUCAAGAAGCUGGAGUACAUUUCGGAGGGGGCUUUCGAGGGAUUGUACAACCUCAAGUACCUGAACCUUGGGAUGUGUAACAUUAAGGACAUGCCCAACCUCACGCCUCUGGUGGGGCUGGAGGAGUUGGAGAUGUCGGGGAAUAACUUCCCCCAGAUCAAGCCGGGGUCUUUCCACGGGUUGAAGUCGCUCAAAAAGCUGUGGAUUAUGAACUCCCAGAUCAGCCUGAUCGAGCGCAACGCCUUUGACGACCUCACGGCCCUGGUGGAGCUCAACCUGGCCCACAACAACCUGACCUCGCUGCCGCACGACCUCUUUGCCCCCCUCCGGUACUUGGUGGAGUUGCAUUUGCAUCACAACCCCUGGAGCUGCGACUGCGACAUCCUGUGGCUGUCCUGGUGGCUGCGGGAGUACAUCCCCACCAACUCCACCUGCUGCGGGCGCUGCCACGCGCCCAUGCACAUGCGGGGCCGCUUCCUGGUGGAGGUGGACCAGACCUCGUUCCAGUGCUCGGCGCCCUUCAUCAUGGACGCCCCUAUGGACCUCAACAUCUCCGAGGGGCGGGUGGCCGAGCUCAAGUGCCGCACGCCGUCCAUGUCCUCCGUGCGGUGGCUGCUGCCCAACGGGACCGUCUUGAGCCACGCGUCCAACCACCCGCGCAUCUCCGUCCUCAACGACGGGACCUUGAACUUCUCACACGUGUUGCUCACGGACACGGGGGUCUACACGUGCAUGGUGACAAACGUGGCGGGCAACUCCAACGCCUCGGCCUACCUCAACGUGAGCACGGCCGAGCUCAACACGUCCAACUACAGCUUCUUCACCACCGUCACGGUGGAGACCACGGAGAUCUCGCCUGAGGACAUGUCCCCCAAGUUCACCAAGCUGGUGCCGACGACGUCCACCGGGUACCAGCCGGCGUACACCACCACCACCACCGUGCUCAUCCAGACCACGCGGAUGCCCAAGCAGGUGGCGGUGCCCACCUCGGACACCAACGACAAGAUGCAGACCAGCCUGGACGAGGUGAUGAAGACCACCAAGAUCAUCAUCGGCUGCUUCGUGGCCGUGACCCUCUUGGCGGCUGCCAUGUUGAUUGUCUUUUACAAACUCCGCAAGAGGCACCAGCAGCGCAGCACCGUGACGGCUGCCAGGACCGUGGAGAUCAUUCAGGUGGACGAGGACAUACCUGCGGCGGCGGCAACGGCGGCUCCGACCGGCGGCGUAUCAGGUGAGGGGGCCGUUGUGUUGCCCACCAUUCAUGACCAUAUUAACUAUAAUACCUACAAACCCGCACACGGGGCCCACUGGACAGAAAACAGCCUGGGGAAUUCUCUCCAGCCCCCGGUCACCACUAUCUCUGAACCUUAUAUAAUACAGACCCACACCAAGGAGAAAGUGCAGGAAACUCAAAUAUGA